GGCCGAGCUGGAAAGAAACUUCGCUUCCGCUGGUUUUAACCACCAUUCACUCCAGAUUUCGCGUUCCGCUUUAAAUAGGACCCGCGUGGUGUCCGGGCUGCAAGGAGCUAGGUUGUGAUUGGCCAGUCCGCGCUGCGGGUCGGCGGCACGAUAGGCUGAGGCUGAGGGCCAAACCAGCAUGCCCCCGCGGGGUUGGCCACGGACUCCCAGAGCCCGCCUCCUGCGCUGGGUCGCGUUGGGGAAGGGCCGCGGAGCGCUGGGGCGGGCGCGCUCCGGGGAACAUGGCGGCGGCGGACCUUUCCCAGAUCCCCGAUGUGGAUAUCGACUCCGAUGGCGUCUUCAAAUACGUGCUGAUUCGAGUCCACGCGGCGGCUCCCGCCGGGGCCCCUGCAGGGGAGAGCAAGGAGAUCGUGCGCGGCUACAAGUGGGCCGAGUACCACGCCGACAUCUACGACCAGGUGUCUGGCGAGAUGCAGAAGAAGGGCUAUGACUGCGAGUGCAUGGGAGGCGGGCGCAUUUCCCACCAGAGCCAGGACAAGAAGAUCCACGUGUACGGCUACUCCAUGGGAUACGGUCGAGCCCAGCACUCUGUCUCCACCGAGAAGAUCAAAGCCAGGUACCCCGACUACGAGGUCACCUGGGCCGAUGACGGCUAUUGAGGCCCCUCUGAGGCCUGCUACCUCCAGCCACCCAUUUGGAACUCUGCCUUUGAAGCCCCUCCUGAGGGGCUGGGCUGCAACCUGGCACUGUACCACCCUGGCCAGGCCUGGGAGACAGACAGCAGCCUGGCCCCAGUGCCUGGGUUUACCUCGCCCACGGAAAUUAAAAGCAUUGUCUAGUCCCG